CCUGCGCACAGGCUCCGCCGUGCGUGGGACCCGAAAUGGCUCUGUCGUAGGAGCGGGACCCGCGUGCCCGUGAACGCGGACGGAGGGCACGCACCAAUACAAAAGCGGGGUGUCGGCCUUCCACCACCCUGGGCCGUCCAAGUUGCCGAAGGGGAUUCUGGCAGAGUCCUGGUCACUCUGGCGCGCCCUGGGCAGCCCCAUGGGAAACAGGCCUGGAAUUCCUGUAGGGAGAGUGGGGGAAGGGGAGCCAGCAGGGAUUCCAGAGUUACUGCUCUGGGCCGGCCUUUGGCCACCAGGAAAAGACUCCUGCCACCGAAUAGAGAAUUCGUUCUGUGACCUUACCGGGGGAGGAGGUGACCCCCAAAGGCAGCAAUGCGCUUCAUUAGUGAAGAGCGACACUCAUUUGAACAUUCAGGAUCCAUUAAGGUCACUGUCACGCAGGCUGUGGGGCUUAAGGCUGGAGCUGUGGCUUUGUUGGGGGAGGGUUGGACACUGGUGAGAACACAAAGAUGACGCCCCAGAACGCAGAGCCUCACAUAUGUUUUCUCUCCCCUCCCCACAGCAGAGGAAGAGCCAAUGCUGGAACGGCGCUGCAGGGGCCCCAUGGCCAUGGGUCCAGCCCAGCCCAGGCUCCUUUCAGGGUCCUCCCAGGAGUCACCUCAGACCUUGGAGAAGGAGUCCAGCGGGCUGAGGCACCAGGGCACUAAACUGGCCCAGUCAGGCAGUCAAGCCCUAGGCAGGGCCCGUCGCUGUGCCCACUGUCGAAGGCACUUCUUGAGCUGGGUGGCCCUGUGGCUUCAUACCCGAAGGUGCCAGGCACGGCUCCCUCUGCCCUGUCCUGAAUGUGGGAGGCGCUUCCGCCAUGCCCCCUUCUUAGCACUGCACCAUCAGGUCCAUGCUGCUGCCACACCAGACGUGGGCUUCACCUGCCACCUCUGUGGGCAGAGCUUCCGAGGCUGGGUGGCCCUGGUUCUGCAUCUGAGGGCCCACUCAGCUGCAAAGCGGCCCAUUGCUUGUCCUGAAUGUGAGAGACGCUUCUGGCGACAAAAGCAACUUCGAGCACAUCUGCGGCGGUGCCAUCCCCCUGCCCCUGAGGCUCGGCCCUUCAUAUGUGGCAACUGUGGCCGGAGCUUUGCCCAGUGGGACCAGCUGGUUGCUCACAAGCGGGUGCACGUGGCUGAGGCCCUGGAGGAGGCGGCAGCCAAAGCUCUGGGGCCAAGGCCCCGAGGUCGCCCUGCUGUGACCGCCCCUCGGCCUGGUGGGGACGCCGUGGACCGCCCCUUCCAGUGUGCCUGCUGCGGCAAGCGCUUCCGCCACAAGCCCAACCUGAUCGCCCACCGCCGAGUGCACACUGGCGAGCGUCCCCACCAGUGCCCAGAAUGCGGGAAACGCUUCACCAACAAGCCCUACCUGACCUCGCACCGUCGCAUCCACACUGGCGAGAAGCCCUACCCGUGCACUGAGUGCGGCCGCCGUUUCCGGCACAAACCCAACCUGCUGUCGCACAGCAAGAUCCACAAGCGGUCUGAGGGCUCCGCUCAGGCCACCACCGGUGCUGCGAGCCCCCAGCUUUCAGCCGUGGUGCUGGAUCCCACGGCAGAGCCCGGCCCUGAGAAGAUUGCUCCGGAGCCCGCGGCGGAGCCUCCACCUGAGGCCCCCUUGGAACCCCCACGGGACCAGGCCCAGGCGACCCCAUCCCUGUACAGCUGCGACGACUGUGGGCGCAGCUUCCGGCUGGAGCGCUUCCUGCGCGCGCACCAGCGGCAGCACACCGGGGAGCGGCCCUUCACCUGCGCCGAGUGCGGGAAGAACUUCGGCAAGAAGACCCACCUGGUGGCGCACUCCCGAGUGCACUCCGGCGAGCGACCCUUUGCCUGCGAGGAGUGCGGGCGCCGCUUCUCCCAGGGCAGCCACCUGGCCGCCCACCGGCGCGACCACGCCCCCGAGCGGCCCUUCGUCUGCCCCGACUGCGGCAAGGCUUUCCGCCACAAGCCCUACCUGGCCGCCCACCGGCGCAUCCACACGGGCGAGAAGCCCUACGUCUGCCCCGACUGCGGCAAAGCCUUCAGCCAGAAGUCCAACCUGGUGUCCCACCGGCGCAUCCACACGGGCGAGCGGCCCUACGCCUGCCCCGACUGUGACCGCAGCUUCAGUCAGAAGUCCAAUCUCAUCACCCACCGCAAGAGCCACAUUCGGGAUGGCGCCUUUUGCUGUGCCAUCUGUGGCCAGACCUUUGACGAUGAGGAGAGACUCCUGACCCACCAAAAGAAGCAUGAUAUCUGAGAAGGGCAGGGGCUGUGGGGGACGGAGACAGGCCCUGGGCUCCUUCGCAGCAGGAGUGUGGCAGUGGCUUGGGUAGCUCGUGUUGGAGCUGGUGAUGGAGAGGGAUGCGAAUUCAGAAGGGAAAGAAGAGGCGGGAGUGAGCUGGGCCCGGUUAGUGAGGGAGUAAACCCGGAUGGCCAGAAAAGCCCCUUAGAGCCGUGUUUCCAACAUUCACCUGACUGUUCUAUGCCCUGGAAAAGUAGCAAUAGCAGCUCCAUUUACCCUUAGUGCCCUUGGCUACAGGAGCCACCGGUGGGAAGGAAGAGUCCAUCCUCUGGUGUUAACGCCUUAAUGUCCCAGUCUUUAUAUGAGUUACUUCAGGUCACUUUUGAAAAUAGGUGUGGUACAGUCCUUAGUAAAGGAAAGCUCGGGAGGAAAAGUGGACCAGCUGGAUAUGCCUUGGAGAACCUGCUGGCCUUGUCAGGCAGCUGGGGCCUCUUCAGCCCAAGAGAUGAAACUAAGCUGGUUUUACCUGUGCCCCCUUCCUGAUGCCCCUGCUGAAAUCCCAGGCGUGCAGAGGCCCAUCUACUGCCAAUGAUUCAAUCCUCUUCUUCCCUGAAGAUCACCUUCCCAGGCGUUUCCUCCUUGGUCUGUCUGGCUUUAUCUAAUUGGCCCUGCCAGGGCUGACCCUCUUCCACUCUUUCCAAAGCUCAUUGUGGAAGGAAGGACUGGCCCACUGAUGCUGGAGGGUCAGCUGAAGGGAAGAUCCUGGUUGAGGGUCCUUUUCAAGAUUUCCAGCAUGUGGAUAUUAGCCUUUCCUGGUGACAGGGAGCUCCCACCUCCUGAGGCCCUGGUUCUAUUGUAGGAUGAUUCUAAUUGCUAGAAAUUCUUCCUUAUAAUGAUCGAAUUUUGCUUUCCUAUAAUUUCUAUCUAUUGGGCCUUGUUCUGUUCUCUGGAUCUAAACAGAACAACCACUUACCCUCCUUUUCAGACUAGAGAAUAAAGAUUUGGUUUUAGAA